UGGGAACUGGAGCGAGCAAAUAUGGCGGUGAGAGUGGUGAGUUUUCUUCGUUGCAGACUAUGUUUAACAAAACUAUCGAACGGAAGGGCAACCAACGUAAGAUACUGCACCGCGUUAGGAGUAAGGUGGUGUUCUACGUCUUUACAACCACAGGAAAAGCUUGAAGAAACAAAAAAAUUCAGUGGCGACAUUCACAAACGUUUGCACGUGGACGACAUCCGAAGGCUUUGCCAGCAGACGGAUAUGAAACGUACCAAUGUUUUGCAACUUUUUAAUCAAUUCUUACAACUUCCCGAGCAGUAUCGGACAGAAUUUGUUAACUCUGCGUUAUACUGGUUUUCUUAUUACGGCAAGGUCAACGAAGCUCAUGAACUUAAAACUCUAAUGGAAAACAAUGGAAUUCCGAAGAAUUCAUCAACUUACUCUUCUCUUGCAGUCUUGUAUUCUAAGUCCAGUGAUUUUGGAGACAUUAAGAGCCUUAUUGAAGAGAUGAGAAAAGAUGGUCUGAUGCCAAAAUCUCGACACUUUGUUCCGUUCUUUAAGGCAGCUGUCUCUAAAGGUGACCUGACAUCUGCGUUUCAUUCUUUAAAUGAAAUGCAACAAACUACCGCUCACAGUGAACGAAACACUGAUAAAUAUACUGCAAUUAUUCGCGCUUGUACAGGGUAUAAAGAUGACAAUGUAGUGAGCAAAGUAUUUGCAAUGUUCUUUGAGUUUCAAAAGUAUCGAGACUUGAUGAGCAGUGACACCCUUGAGGCAGUUAAGCUGUGGUUUGACAGGUAAGGUUAACCAUCUGGCCAGCAAAAUGGCAGUGACAUGUAAGCUAGUCAUAUGCACUCAUGAACUAUACAGAUGUAACUUAAACUAAGGGCUGGUUAAUAGACAUUGGAGGUUAUAAUGUGUUAAUCACUUAUUUAUGACUUGAAGAUUCACGAACGUUUCAUUGGUUUGCAGGCAAGAAAAACCCAAAUGGGUAACUUCCUGGUCAACUGCAUCCACAACGUAAGUGAAAAUAUCAUCUUCAACAUUAUGUAGCCUAUGUGUACUUAUCUACUUUUUUGUGCCUUGGAACAACAACAACAAAACUUUAUUAAUGAAAAAAAUAACAUUGCAGAAGUUUUGCCCGCAGCUAGCAAGGCUAUUUGAGGUGGGAGAAUGCGUGCAAAAUAUAAAAAUAAAGACUAAGGCUAUUAACUAAGGAAAGUUUACAGUAAAUGAAGUAAAAAUUGUAACUUGGAUGAUGACUAGAUAACAGACUAAAGAAAAACAGAAUUAAACAAAUAAAUUAAACAAAGAAAUUGGAAGGAGGGGUGGCAAGGGUUACUCAAGUAUUAAGGUGUCAAGGAGAACCAGGCCCAAUAAUGUCACACCUAAAAAGGGUCUCUAGAGUAGGUGCACUAUGGCCAUAUUGGAGGAGGAAAACAAUAAAACGGUUUUCCUUUGGUAAAAAAUGUCAUUUUCCUGCAAAUAUUUUUUUAUUGUUUAUUCCUCCAACUUGGCGACCCUGUGUGGGCUCUAUUACGCCAAAACCGGACCCCAACUUGACCCAAGAAAAAACGUUGUCUGUCUCCAUAAAAAUCAGUUGAAAAAUAUCAAGAGACUUGCAGUUAGUUUUGCAAUCUUGUUUUGGCUUUCAGUUGUUUCGCAUAAAAAUGAGAACCCUGGGGUUUGCUUUUUGUCGGUCCUGCUUAGUCUGCGGUGAGUUCUUUUGCUGAAGAAAAGUUGCUGCAAAAUUCUAAUGAACUAGGUGUAAGAAAUCUGUAUAACCAGAUGACCAAGAUUUAUUCCUCCUACCAGUGAUCAGUUUAAGGACGGCAAACAAUACCUUGUUUAGACCAAACAUCUCCUGGUUUUGUACUGUUUUCUAACCCCUGGCCAGUAAUCACUGAUUUGGGGUAACAAGAAAAAAACUCCCUUUGCUCAAAAUGUUGUUGAUUACUCCAGUAUGUUAAUUUUUCAUACAGUGUCUCAAUUUUAUUGUUAAACAUGUAGUAAAGUGUUGCUGUCAAAAUGUCAAUUAGCAUGUCAUUUUUGUUUUUCAUUACCUUUGUGGGACUGGAGCUCAGUCAGGGGAAAAAACUCAGUAAAUGCACAUGCAAAAUGAUGAGUUUAAAACCCGACAACAUGGCAAAUUUAUACUGAUGCUAAAUGCAGAGUGUAUAGCGAGGGAAAGAAAUCAUGUAUCUCCUUAGGUUAACUGCUGUAUUUAUCAUUCCCACUUGAAUCUACAGAUGAUACAAUGGUAGUUCUUUAUUUGUCAUAUUGCUGAGUUUUGUUUCUACUGCACACAAUUUAAAUGUGUAAUUUGUAAAUUUUUUUCUUUUUAAACUUUCCCCCUCACUGUAUUUUCUGAAUUAAACGCUGGACCCUGAUUAAAUGCCGGCCUCGAAAACACACCAGGUCAAAACUGCUGAGUUUUAAAUGAAUGCCGGUGUGCGUUUGAUCAAGGUCCCAGUGUUUAUUUGUGGUUGAGGUCCAAGGACCAGUUACAAGUAAAUAUAACCUCUUGAACAGUACUUUUAUAACAUACCAAGUACAUUAUGCUGUUUUGGUAUUUCAAUAGACAUUCAAAGAAAAAACCAUUUACUUGCUCCUACGUUGUUCAUUUCUCUUUUUUAAUCAGUGUCAUAACCAAAGAGUUUUGCUUUUUUCUCGGAAAAGUAUUUUAUAUAAGCAACAGAAAACUUUUUUCCUGUGUUUACAUAUCCUAAUAUAAACGCUUGAGAGGUUGGGAGAAUUGUCGACAGUUGUGCAAACCCUCGACUUCGUCUCGGACUGUCUCAAAUUCUCCUAGCCCCUCUUAUGUUUAUAUCAGGCUAUGCAAACACAGAAAACGUUUUCUAUUGCUUACUGCGCUUUUAACAAACAUGCGAACUCUAAAGUUCAAAGCCGCCUUCACAAUUGCAUUUUUCGCUGCCGUCAAUCAUAAUUACGAUCACAAACAACGAACCUUGAAACAGAGAAACACACAAAACGUGUCGAAAUCCACCAAUCACAAAUCACAAACCUUGACCUUUUGAACCCAUUAAAGUAAAGUUUUGUUUCCUAAGAGGUCCGUUAAGAUGAUUGACGGCAGGGAAAAACGUAAACGUCAGCUGGCUUUUGAACUUCAGAAUUCGCAUGUUUGUGAAAAGCGCAGUAAGUAAUACAUGUAGAUUGUGCAUAGUUUAAAUAUUUUUACUUUUAUAUUGUAUAGGUAAUUGGGUUUUUCCCAAGCUAUAUGGCUCUGACACAUUAAUUGAUUUUAUUUACUGUGUUCUAUUCUAUGUAUUGUUUCUUUUUUCAUUUUGUUAGGGAUUCAAAUCUUGAUUGCAACAUCGUACACGUACCUUAUGUAUAGUACCAUAAUACUGUUACUUUGGGUAAUGGGUACGCACGGUUAUCAUCUUUGGAGGUCCAGGAGACCCAGGGGUAGGACGAAUGGAAAAAGCGUUGCCCUGACAAACUGCUCCUGGGUCUCUAAGGAUCAGUAAUAAUAAAUCAACCUGAAAAAAUGACAGAAAACUGCAUUUCAUUAAUAAGCACUGGACCCUGAUUAAAUGCCUUCCUAAAAAAAAUGCCGGGUCAAAACUGCUAAUUUUUAAAUAGACGUCGGGGGCAUUUAGUUAAAAAAAUACGCUGCUUUCUAAAUUUUCUUUGUUCUUUGUUUUACUCAUACGUCAGUGAUUUUCAAAUGUUAUAGGCUAGUCAUUUUGCUACUGCACUUACUACUGUAACUUGAGUUGUUUAUGUAAAGUGAAGGUCCCCAUAAAAGUAAUGUAAGCUGUAUUUUUCUAAACCCAGAUUUCACUGUCAAGUCUGCAAACAGAAGCUGGAAACUGGUGAAUUUUCUGAAGCAGAAUUGGAAGAGUUAAAGCACCCCCUUGCCAAACAUCUGUGGAAAAAACACAAAGCUGUUAAGCAAAUAAAGUGCUUUACUUCAGCUGGAAACUACAUUGAUUAUGUCCGACCAGAACAACUGAACAAGGCCCCUCAAAGUGUAGAGUUGUUUAUCAAAACCACAGGACCGUAUGAUGUUGUCAUAGAUGGACUGAAUGUUGCAUACUUCACAGGAUUUUUUGAUCCUAGAAAGGUACAUGCACAUGUAACCACCAGGCAUGGUUAUUUUUAGACAUUAUGUAGAGCACCACAGACUCAAUAAUUUUUGGACUUGUUGUCGUGACCUUCCAGGAUUUUUCUUGUAUCAGACCAGGGGCUAUAAAAAGCAUUGGUCUCGACUAAAUAAAAGUUUAAUUUUUGUGCAAUAAAGUCGAAUUACUCGCAUCAAAGUAGUCUUUGGCCUUGCCUAGUCAAUGUUUGCCAUAUACCGUAUUUCUUGUAGAAAAGCCUGGAAAUAGGCUUUUUAUGUUUCAUGUUUCAUUGAAUUCGUUUUUAAAAGUUUUAGUAACUGAGCAUUGGGAGGGUGAACAGAGUGUAUUAUGGGGAAAAGGAAAAUAAUCAAUAGUAUUACAUGUACUACAAACUGGUACAGGCUUACUUGCUGCAAGUAUUGGUGAAUAACUUUCUGUGAGAUAUUUUCACAAACAAAAUGCUUUUCUCCAUUAUAGGUAGAAAACACAGUGUUGCAUUUUGUGAAUCAAAAGAAGCGAGUUUUGGUUGUGAGCUCUAGUCCAAUGACUCUAAAGGCCAAAACAAAGAAAGGCGCUCAAACAGCCCUGGGAUCUCUGAUGAGUUUUUUGAGUAAUCAUGAGCAGUGUGGUGUAUUUUGUUUGGCGGAAAGGUAAUUAGUUGUUUGUGUCAUGAUCAGCUACUAGUAACUGCUUUGGGUAAUGAUAAAAAGGGCAACAUUUUCAGGAAGUGGAACAAGAACAAUAGAGAUCAAUAUGGAGUUUUAGUCUCUGGGUAACUCAGCCCAUUUCUCUGGUAUAAUGUACCUGCACUUAACUUACUUGUAUACUGGUCAAAGUAAAAAAUAUUCAGUCUCAAUUUCUAUUCACCUGAGACCACCCACCCCCACCCCUCCCCCCACUUCAGACUGAAAGUAUAGUUAUACCUCAUAACUAUCAAGGAUAUAUUCAUUCACGUUAGGGGGCAUUCAUAAACGAGGCCUACAGAAGUCCAUGAAGAUCAGCUGAAAAAGUACGAUUUGAAAGGCGUUCAAACUUUUUGACGCUUAAUAUCAAUUUCCUUUUUUGACGGUUGACAGGAAAAACUAACCUGUUUCAACAGCUGACGGUUAACACCAUCGAGCCCCUCUUCUCGGAGAGUAGAAAAAUGCUAUAACUUCUAAAUUGAAACAAUUAUUUCAACAGUUCGGGGUCAUGAAGCGAUUUUGUCACUUGUGUUUUCGGUCUUUUUGGAACACUGUAUUUUGUUCUUAGAACCUGUUGAUGUCAUCUGUGAUCUGUAACUGAACAGACACGUAAGCAAUAUGUACAAACUAUUUGUAUACUGAGUUUAACAUUGAAGUUUGCUUGCCUUUUAUUUCAGCUCAAUGGAUGACUUAUAUUUUCUGAGCGCUGCAAUGCAUUGUGGUGCAGGAACACAGCUUGUGUCAUGUGACCGGUUUUAUGAUCACAUCAGUGGAAUGGACCCACUGAUGAAAGUUCAGUUCAGAAGAUGGCAAAAUUUGUAUCAAAUGGAGCUGGACAGAUUUGUUGGGAAUGAUCCAGUGUUUGCCGUAUGUAUUGUUUUUGUUGAUGUUUUCCAUUAGUUUUAACGUUUGGGAUUGUGGUUGCGCUCAUUCCAAUGAAUCCUCUUUUGCCGUCCUUUUCACCGUACUAAAAGUUGCUAUUUCCUUCUAGUUUUGAACGUUAGGUGUGUUCUCUUUUUAAAAAUUUUUGUUUUCGCAUUGCUGUUAGGUGCUUUCAUUCCGCCUUUUCUCUUAAAAUCCAUCUAGUUUUUUUCUUAGCCAGCGCGAUAGGGACUUUACGAUCCGACAACGCGACGGCAGCGAAAACGUCACUUCAAAAAAUGAAUUUGCGUUCUUUCGGUCUUUAUCGCGAUUAUUCCAACUCGCCUACUUUGUCAAAUGUAGGCGAACCCUCCCGGAGCUGAAUUUCAAAGAACCAUAUCCAAGUUUAGAAACAGAAUAAAGUUUUGUCGUUGCUUAUUUACGUCCUCCCUAAAAAGUAAAAUUAGGCGAUUUUCAUGUAGUCGUGCAAAAACGGCAAAGAAAUGUACAAAAAAGUGAGAUGCACGUGCAAAGUUGUUGUUUUUUCUCGUUGCCGUCGCGUCGUCGGAUCGUAAAGUCCUUAGUAAGCGAUUGGGACGCGGCUCGCGAGCUUGGGACUUUCGCGUGCAGUAACUUUGCAAAGAAAAACAUUUUUUGUAACAGAAUGCUCGCAGUUUACAUUGCUGUCGCCUGGAAACGUUUGCUACGCAGGCUAAUUGAAAGGCUAGCUAGAAAAUAGCCUCUCCGGCUUUGUUUUUUUUAAUGCUCUAUCUCCUUGUUGAUCACAUUUUUUCUGGCCUAGGGUCCUCCUCUGCCUUCAGUCAAAGAUAGCGGCUAAACACAAUAUAAAAUACUAAGCGCUUCCUACACUGUAUACUUGAUAGAAGAUUGCGGCAGAAACAUCGAAACUACUGCUUAGCGUUGUGCCGUUUGAAUAAUUUGCUGGUUAGUUAUAUAUAUAAAAAAUUGAAUGUACGUUUAAUUCUGUUUUCUUGUUUUGGUCGUAUCAUGUUGUUGCAGCUUACUUUUGGAGUUGUUUUUAAAGGAAGCUACGUUUUGUUGUUCUCAGACUAAGAAGCCGUUUGACUACGCUGUUCAAACCACUGGGGACACUUGGCACUUCCCAGCGAAGGACGAAAAUCGUUGGUUAUGUGUCCGAAAAGCAGAAAAUUAAUCUAAUACCUGCACUGACACAGUAUAGCACGUCUGGUUAUAAACGAUCUACUUUGAUUUGGCUCAGGAAAGAAUUACUUGCAGGCUUAUUUCGCCCACUGCCUGACUCUGUUGCCAUAUCAAUGGUUAUUCCGCUUUUCAUACCUACCAUGACGUCCUCAAUGAAGACGUACCCUCGAUAUCAAAAC